AUGGAAUCUCCUUCCGACUACUACAAUAGUUACUCAACCCCAUCCGAUUGCAGAGGACUCGGCCCCCUUUCCGCGGACCAUCUGCACGAAGAGGGAAUACCCCUUCCUCUUCACACCCCUAGUCCAAGUAUAGAGUAUCGUAGUAAAAGACCUCGCCGUGGGUCGAUAAACGAUGAUGACAUGGCUAAGACAGCUGAAAUUAGCGAGUACUAUUGUCACGUUGCCGCUGACCUGACCAAUCACUCAGCGUGGGGGAAUGACGUAGAACACAACAGAAUUCAUAUUGUUCGACCAGGAGAGCCUCCUGCAUUCAGCUCGCAACAAAGUAAACUGAAACAUGGGGUUUCUAGUAGUUUUGUUCCUGUCGCUGAUGGAGCAUUUAGCCCCCACACUCCCAGAAGAGAGGCUGCACUUCCCCUACACGACCCCACCAGAGUACUUAAAGGACCUCUAUCUCCUCACCCUAGAGAACAUUUACUUCACCCACACAAAAUAGUAAAUUCACCCUCUUCAAGCCUUGGAGCCCCUUUAACCACCUCUGGACCCCACUACCUGGGGCAAAACGUCGGAAAAUACCAUGAGAAUGGAGAUACCCUUUCAGAUUUUGUUAGUCUUGUUUGUGAAGAAGCUCAAAGCUCAGGGCCUCAGCAGAAACCAAACUCAGGUCCUCGUAGCCCAACCAAACUCCUUCACUUUUACAACGCUUCCAUAUUGCCUCCUCCACCGACAGGUCCGAACGCGAGGCCUGUAGCCAUUGUCAAACUAACAGAUUUAAACUCCUCCACUCCAAGUCCACCGACAAACACCAGUGGUGCUAUGGGCAACAAAACCACACCCCUUCCUGAUGCUCUAGCGGUCAAUAUGUCGGGGAGAGAGACAAGGGAACAAGUGUUGGCCUCCCCGGGAGAUGCUGAAUCGAGUGAGCCGGACAUACGAUUGGUAAAUCGUCCAGUGAUGUCAUCUUCCAUCACCACUCUUGGAAGAACUGACCAGAGUUUCUCACAUUUCCAUCCACAGACUCAGAUAUAUUCUUACCCAAAUAUGCACCCGUCUAAUGGAAUGAGUUCCUCUGUUGUCGGUACGUUUACGCCACCUGUUGGAACCACGCGCUACUAUCCAAGAACCAUGCCCGUUUCUCGUUGGAACCAUCCUUAUAUCACCCUUGACGAAGACGUGGACUAUAACAUAAUGGCAGGAUUGGCAAGUUCUGAAGGAGAACCUUCUCAGGUGCUAGGAACAGAAGGUUAGCCAUGUGUCAACUGACAAGAGCGGUUUUUCUUCGUGGUGCAAAGUAGCGAAUCUGUUAACACCCCCUGCAGCCUUCAUGAGACGUGUGGCUGAAUUGUUUAGAUUUAGAAAGGUUUGGUUACUCCAGCUUCUCCAUUCAUGUUACCAGCAAGUGAAUACAUGUUUGUGAAAACUGGAUGUCCGCACAGGAAGAAUGUCUGCUCUUGUCAAAGUUUAGUUAAAAAACGUUUGUUGAAACGUUGUUUGCAGCCUCUAUAUGCUAAAAGUUUGUAGAAAUUUGGAAGAAUGAUACUUACUAAGAUUUUAAUAUAAUUCAUCAAAGUCAUGUAGUAGUGUUAAACGUGUUGACAAAUCUGUGAUGACAUAGGGGGAGAUUAUAUAGUUAUGUAUAUAGAGCCGAAACAUUUAUUAAUACAUCAUACUCAUAAGUAGGAUGCUUAACUUGCCAGAGCUUUCCAAACAUACACAGUGUGUGUCCAAUUAAUAAAGGAGUUAUUUAGAUCCUAAAAAGCAUUAAUCUACAAUAAUAUCUACAGAUAAUUCUCGUCUGUUUUCUUUACCGGUGUUUUGGUUUAGGUGAUUUAAUACUGUGUUGUUUUAGUACUUGUGUUUCUUACAACAUAGAUUGUAAUGAGAGUAGCAGCCUUGUGACAACCAUUGUGGGACUUUUUUUUUUCCAUCUACUAUGCCAGUGAUUCUUGUUGUUACUGUACAGCGAGCGAUACGAAGCACACGCCCUAGAAAAUUGUUAUGGUUGUGAGUUCGUGGGAUUCAUUGAUACUGCUAACUUGUUACACCUUCUACAGCUGGAACCUAAAUAUAUAUAUGCCGUAUUAGAAAUAUUAUGAAAUCAUGUGUUAUUAAUUUAAUAUAAAACUCUUACGUUAAGUUGACGCAUCCUUCGAGCACUGCUUUCAAAAAUAAGAAUGUAAUCAUAUCGACUGUUAACUUUUCUUAGUUAGUUUUGGGGAUUAGACAAUAGAGGCACCACUGUAGUCAGUAAUAUCUCUUGGGAAGUACAAAUACAACUCAACAGAGACUUCAGGCAACUUUGCUACUAACCAUACAUCUACGUUCUUACUGUACUCUAAUACAGAUAAUAUACUUCAGGUUCACUGGACUAGUUUAUUGUAUGAAUGUGUGUUAUACAGAUAAUAUACUUCAGGAUCACUGGACUAGUUUAUUGUAUGAAUGUGUGUUAUACACAUAAUAUACUUCAGG